AUGAGAUUGGAAUUUAAUAAGAAAGGUCCUCUUAAUAAGGAAUUAAGGCAUAUUUUGAAUGUCGAUGAAAUAACGGAUGGUUUAAAAAACCCACCCGAAAAAAUUAUUAUUGAAAAGAAUCUUAACGCAUUACAAAUAAAUAAGACAGGGAACCAGAACUUAAAUUCUUCUGAUAUAAAUGAUCUGUCUCCAUUACAACUUGGUAACGCAAAAUUUGGUUGGCUAGACAAAUUAAAACUGGGUCUUUUAAUAAUACUUAUUAUUGUGUACAUUGGUUUCCUGAUCAAAAGUCUUAUAUAUGAAAUAAAGAGAAUCAGGGAUGUUCAGCACAUGAUAAAUAGGAUGAGGCCAAUAAUUGCAGCUCUCUAUAAGAUGGAUGCAAAUGUAGCUAGAGAAGUGCAGAGAGCUGUCAACUCUUAUAGUACUUACAAUCUGCCCUUGCCAGAGGAAGACUACACUCAUUUUUAG